UGAUUGACUGUUCUGAGAGGAAUAUUGAAGUAUUAUUUUCUUUAUCAUACAUUUGAUUUUAGUGCCUUGUUUAGUGUCCUAUUAUGUGCAGACUUUUGUGCCAUAUGCAAGCUAAGAUAUCCUUCUGUUGAGACAUUUUCUAUGUCUUGACUUUUCAGUAUGUUUCAACACUGUUAUUUUUUUUUCAUCUAUUUGUAAUUUUUAUCUGUGGUCUUGUAAAUAUAUACUGUGUAUAAAUUUAGGUAGUGUAAUUGAUCUGUGUUGUUUCUUUUCUUAACUCAGUAAAAAAUAAACAUUUCUUGAUAUUAUGCUUGUUUUAUCUAUCUAAUCAAUUCCUAACAGAAAAUGCAGAGAGCAACAGAUAUUGACACGUCUAUUGCCAAAUAAUGUUCAGAGAACUAGAAUCGAUCUCCUUAUGUAUGAGUUUUGUUUCAGGGAAUAUGUAUUGUCUCUUUACUAUAGGUGAAAGUAAAGGGUUUGCGAUGUUAUUUGACUUAACUUUCUUUAUUUUUUACAUUAAUGUGCAGGUUUUUUCAUCAUGCUUAGUAACAGUGUACAUUCAAUGUGCUUUGGGAUCAGCCACUUCAAGAUAUGUAUUUCAUCCAGCACUGCUUUUUCCCAACUGUGAGGCAGGAGAUCGGAGAUGCACCAGCAGAUGCUCCCCCACGGGGCCCAGCUCGGGGGCUCGCACGGCGGGGGAGGGCUCGGGGGCGCUCACCCGCACGGCAUGCACGGCCUGCCCGGGGUGCCCGUCGAGAGCCUGCUCUCGACGCCCACCUUCUCUGCCGGCGACUUCGACCACGACCACCAGGCCCGGAUGAACAUGAACAUGGGCAUGGGCAUGAUGGGCAUGGGCGCCGGUCCCGGGGGCCCGCUCGGCGGCGGCCUGGGCGGCGGCCCCGGAGGCCUCGGCAGCCCGGGCAAGGCGCGCAUCCGCCGGUCCGAGGAGCAGCUGCGGCAGGCCGCCGACUGCGUCGUGGAGGGCUCCACCUUCCAGACCGUCUCGGACCGCUUCGGCAUCCCCAUCUCCACCAUCAGGUUCUACAUGGCCCGCCGGGGGAUCCUGCCCCAGCGGCGGCGCGGCCGCUCGAGCGCCGCCGGCGCCGCCUCCAACAACCAGAGCGUCAGCGCCGUCAACCCCUUCCACCAGCUGCCCUAGCGCGCUGGGCUCUGAGGGCUACCGCGCUACAAAAGACAUUGCAUAGCCAUCAACGAUUUUUUUUAACGCUGAGCUUUUGCUUCCCUAUUGUUAAAAGUGAUAGUUGUUUCAGAGGGAAGUCACAAGUCUCACUUUAACUUGUAUUUGUAGAAACUUGUAGACAGGUGAAGUAUUUUGUGCAGUCUUGAUGUGUGUCAAUGAGGCACGGACUUUGUGGGAUUCAGGCAAUUUUGUUGAUUUGGAAUUGUCUUCAAUGUUUUUGUGUUACUGAUAAUGUCAGUAUGAAUGAUGAUCAAGUCAUAAAAUUGCAAGUGCUGAGCUAAAUAAGUUACCUUACAAUAUUUUGAUGUUAAGGAUUAGUACUUAUCUUUCUCUGUUUUCAAAGAGAAAGUCUGAGUAAUAUUUUUGACAUGGGUAUUUAUAUUGAUUUAGAUUUUGAACAUAUGUUAUAGGCUACGCAUAAAGAUUGUAUUGUCUCGUCAGUAUGUGUGUAUUAAUAAUCAUAGUCAUUCUGUACCAAAUGUAGCUAAUAGACAUGAUGAUUACAUUUAUUUAAUAAUGUCAACAUCUGCCAACAUAUUUGAUUUGCUUCCAUUUUUUUUAAAUGAAUUAUUAUUACCGUGUUUCUUAUGCUGAUUGCUAGAAAAGAGUACUUAUCAUGUAUAAUUGGUGCUUUGGUUUCCUUUACUAGAGUGAAUAUUUUGUGGAAUCUGAUUUUUCUUUUCUAUUGAAAGCUAAUUUUAAAGCAAUCAUGUCCUAGUUUUAGUCAAGAGACAUGAACAAAAUGUUUGCCAAAUCUGCUAUACAAGCAAGUAAAUCAAAAACUAAUUACACCCCUGCUUUGUGCCACAUUCAGUACCUUGCUCAUACCAAAGUAAGGUGGUGUUAUACCUAGUUUAUGUUUUUGAAAUUUGGUACUUCGAUGCAAUAAUUGAGAAAUUGAAGGAUGAAGCUGUGUUGGUAGCCUAUACCGAUGUCAAACUUUGACUGACAUUUGGGCUAUGGGUUAGGACAUUUUCCAGUUGCCAUCAAAUAGUUCUUAAAAUUACUUAUUACUAUUACUGUAAAUUUCAAGAACAGUAUGCUAUUUUUUCUACAUAAAAUAUUCUGUUGGACCACUGCUAGAUGAACUGCAAGUGGAUUGUGUUUUUGUAGUGAUUGGACAAACAGCUAUCUGGCAAGUCUGCCUGUUUGGCGUUUGACUAUUGGUAUUCUAGACAUAUGUAAGUGUAAGACUGUGCCUUAGGCUAGUGUAUAAUGUCAGAAAAAUCAUUUAAAAAUUGUUUCAUAGUAUUAUUUCAUUUUAAUUAUUAUUUCUGUGUACUGCUCUAUCCAUUGAACAUUGCAUUAGUGACUCACUAUGUAGAGUUAAAGCAAAAUUGCACUUUCUUUUGAAUUCGUUCUUUCAAAAAUUUUAUUUUCCUGACUGGAAUUUUUCUGUACAGACACAUUUUUGGCAAUUCGAUGGAACCUUUCUACAUUUUUGUUACAUCUUUUAAAUAGUCCAUGCUUGUUACAUGAGUUGUUGAUUUUCACAGCAAAAUUCUUAUGUAGAAAAACCUCCUGAUAUUUUUUUUUUCUGCUGGCUCCUGCCUACAGUGUUAUAAUUUUGUGAGAUUGUUUCUAACAGAUACAUUGGAAAGGGUCACUCCAAACUCUUAAGCCUUGUUUUUGUUAAAAUUAUGAUGCUGUUAGGAUUGUUGAAAUGUGAUGAAUUUUAAAUAAAGAAGGAAGUUUGUUUGUC